AAGUAAAGUUUCUUUUGGUAUUAUGGUCAAAGCUUUUGAAGGUUAUUGCCAGCACCUUGAACUCAGUCCAGAAGUGAAUUAUAGGCCUAUGAAGAUGAUGCAAUAUUAGUUUAAUAUAGCAUAAUCCUCAAUCCCAGUCAGUACCCAAGUUUCUAUAAGUUGCAUCAAAUUGAAACUUCCAACUUGCCUUUAUUGUGAUAUCCAUAAUGUAUUGCAGUGAUCUAUACAAAAGAUUGCCUGGGUGAAUGAAGCUAAGCUGUUUUCACAGAGCUAAUGUCAUAGUUGACAAAUCAGCCUAAAUUUAAAAAACUAUUCCAUGCCAUCAGGAACACCUGUGCUUGUGCAGAAAUUGCGGCUUUUAGGAAUGAACUUGAAAGUAGAUUAGAUUACCUAACCAAACCUAUUUUGCUUUUAGGUUAACAGGGGCUCCAAAGGAAGGAAGCAUUUGUGGACUGACCUCAUGGGUAUCAGCAGUAUGUGCAAUUCCACAGACCUGCCAUUCGAAGAAAGCCGCGAGCUCCUGAUUGUUGUGUACAGCUUCAUUUUUGCCAUAGGCCUACCAGCUAACUGCCUGACUGCUUUUGUGACACUCGUACAAAUUUGGAAAAAAAAUAUCACAGCCAUCUACCUGUUUGGCCUGUCCCUGUGCAACAUUAUGUACCUGAGCACCCUUCCCCUCUGGAUUAUCUAUGUGAAAAAUGGCCAUCGUUGGAAUAUGGGGAUACCGUCAUGCCUGGUGACUGGAUAUAUCUUUUUCUGCAACAUCUACAUCAGCAUUCUUCUCCUGUGCUGCAUUUCUAUCGAUCACUACAAGGCUGUGGUACGUGCACUGGAAAGCAGAGGGAAAUGCUUCAGGUCCCAAAGGACUGCUACUAUGGUCACAGUCGCCUUCUUUGGCAUCAUUGCUGCAAUCUAUUGCCCUGUGUUUUUCAACAAAAAUAUCCAGGAAAAAAACACAGCAACUUGCUUUGAAACUCCCCUCAAUUUCAAUUUGGCCCUUUACAAUAUCAGCCGGUUCUUCUUGGGAUUUCUCAUUCCUUUGGGGCUCCUUCUUUUCACAAACUAUAGAAUUUUUCGAAGUAUUAAGACCAGCUGCAGCCUCAAUCCAGACCAGAAAGCUAAAGUGAGAAACGUGGCAAUUGCCAUCAUUUCUGUAUUUGUACUGUGCUUUGCUCCCUACCAUUUUGUGCUCCUUGUGAGAGCCAUUAUCUUCUUUCAGCACCGAGAUCAGGUAUGCACAUUUGAGAAAAACAUAUAUACUACUUCUGUGAUCUUUCUGUGCUUUUCCACUGCCAAGAGCAUUGCAGAUCCAUUUAUCUAUGUGCUGGCUGGUGAAAAUGUCAGGCGUGAGAUGUAUCGCACAUGUAGAGUGUGUGGAAUUCAUUCGUCAGAUGAAUCCCAGUGAUAUCAGAAACACACAUGUUGGGAAAUAAAGAAGACAAUAUUACUGCCCUUCACUAUUGAAAGUUUGUGUGGCUUCUUUAAAAGACCUGAAUGGAAAGUGGAUAACAUUUUCAAAUGCACUGAAACAUUCCCUUUCUCUGGUAGUCACCAUCUGUUUCAGAGAAUUCUGAUCUUCAUACAUUGAACUUAGUCAAUGGGCCUUCACAAUAAAGUCACAAUAUUGUGAUAUGUCUAUGCAAUGCUGAAGACAUAAUGAUGCAUUGAUGAAGGAUUAUAUGACAUUGUUGAGAAGCUGCUAAUAUGGUUUUGGGUCAUUGAUCAAUUCUUUGCUAAUGAAGAAAGGACUAAAAUGAAAAAAAGCACAAGCCAUAAACAAAUGCAAAGUGAAUAAGCAAUGCUCCUCUCUGGGAUACCUUCUAGGGCAGGUGGGACAAACUGGCGGCCCACAGGCCAGAUGUGUCACGCACAGGCCAAGCCCACCCCAGCUCUGUGAAGACAAAAAAUGUUGCGAUGUCACAUUAUGGCCAUGUGACAUGGUGAGUUUGACACCUAUGUUCUAGGGUGUUGGGUUGUUUUUAACUGCUGACAUAAUGUCUUUGAAUAAGAUAAGUUAUUAUUGAAUUCUUGAAUAAAUUUCCCAAGUCUU